CACAACACAACACAACCUCCCUCCUCAUUUAUCUCAUCUUCCUCCCUUUUCUCUAAUUCUAAAUUCACUCCCUUUCUUCAUCAAAUAGAAUCCCUCUCUCUCUAAAUUCUUCCAAUUUCUCAAAUACCCAACAAACAAGAACCAUCUGCUAACCCUUCUUUUAAUCAUUCAUUCAUCCAUCUAACUUCUACCCGUAUAAAACCAACACCCAUAAAUCGUAAAAUUCAAUCUAAUUAGUUUUGAUCAGAUAUUCUGGUUCAAUCGGUUGAUGGGUUCUUCAUACUUCCAUCAGAAACUGAUGAUGUUUCUUGGAUUUUGACGGAUCUUGAUCUUCUUGAUCACAUAUUUUGGGAUUUGGGGUUUUGGAACCAAGCAAGAAUUCAAGCAGUUAGAUCUUCUCAUCUUGAUUAAUUUGGGCACUGCAGAAUUGAGCAGUGCCCAUGGAUGCCACAACAAGUGGAACACCGAGUAUUCAAUACCACAACCUCCCUGAUCAACCGAUUCCAACGAUCGUUACGUCCCCUGGACCGUCGUUUCAACGACAAACCCGGCAUUGUUUCGGAGAUGCAACACCAGGAGAAUUCCCAUUAUCUGCAAACCCAUCAAUUGUGCUUCAUGUUCUCACUGGAUGUAAUCUAGACCCUCAAGAUCUAGCAAAGUUAGAGGCUACAUGUUCUUUCUUUAGGCAACCUGCCCAUUUUGCCCCUGAUCAUGAGCUCUGUCUAUCUGAGCUUGCAGCUCUUGAUAUGUGCCAGAAAAGAGCAAUCUUUAAACCAAUGACUUUAGAUCAACGUAAUGAAUUGAAAAUACGAUGUGGGGGUUCGUGGAAAUUGGUUCUGAGAUUCUUGCUUGCUGGAGAAACAUGUUCUCGGAGAGAAAAAUCUCAGGCCAUAGCUGGACCAGGGCAUAGUAUUGCCGUGACCUCAAAAGGCUUGGUUUACACCUUUGGGUCCAAUAGUUCGGGUCAACUAGGCCAUGGCACCACUGAAGAAGAGUGGCAGCCUCGCGUAAUCAGAUCCUUGCAAGGUGUACGGAUCAUACAUGCUGCAGCGGGGGCGGGGCGAACAAUGCUGAUCAGUGAUUGUGGGCAGGUUUACGCCUUUGGAAAGGACUCAUUUGGCGAAGCCGAGUAUGGAGUUCAAGGAAGUAAACAAGUGAACACUCCUCAGUUAGUUGAGUCUUUGAAAGACAUAUUUGUGGUCCAAGCUGCAAUUGGGAACUUCUUUACAGCUGUUUUAUCAAGAGAAGGAAGAGUGUACACAUUCUCAUGGGGUAAGGAAACCAAACUUGGUCACCAGACCGAACCAACCGAUCUUGAACCCCAUCCAUUGUUGGGUGCACUUGAGAACAUUCCCGUGGUCCAAAUCGCGGCUGGAUACUGCUACCUCCUUGCUUUGGCCUGUCAACCUAGUGGCAUGUCUGUGUACUCGGUCGGAUGUGGGUUGGGAGGGAAGCUAGGCCACGGGACGAAAAAUGAUGAAAAACAGCCAAGAUUGAUAGAACAGUUUCAGACUUUGAACCUGCAGCCGAUGGUGGUUGCCGCCGGUGCGUGGCAUGCAGCCGUGGUGGGGGUGGAUGGUCGGGUGUGUACAUGGGGUUGGGGCCGAUACGGGUGUUUAGGCCAUGGAAACGAAGAUUGUGAUUCAGUCCCUAAAGUGGUUGAAUCUUUGAGCAAUGUGAAAGCUAUUCAUGUUGCUACAGGGGACUAUACUACCUUUGUAGUUUCUAGUGAUGGUGAUGUUUAUUCUUUUGGGUGUGGAGAAUCAUCAAGUCUUGGCCAUAAUACUGCGGAGGCUGAUGCGCAGGGAAAUAGGCAUGCUAAUAUAUUGAGCCCAAAGAUGGUAACAUCAUUGAAGCAAGUGAAGGAAAGGGUGGUGCAAAUAAGCCUCACGAACUCGAUCUAUUGGAAUGCCCACACGUUUGCACUGACGGAAAGCGGGAAGCUGUAUGCAUUUGGAGCAGGGGACAAAGGGCAGCUAGGGGUGGAACUCGUGGCUAACCAAACAGAGAGGCCGACGCCAGAGCGUGUCGAACUCGAUCUCAGUUAGCCCGGAAUUUAAUUUAAUGAUGAUGACUACUAAUUGAUGGGGGAUUGUUUGUGUUGUAUUUUCAGUUUGGUGUUGUCCCUUCCCUUCAUGUCAAUGUCAAUGUGUGUACAUAGAAACAAGGAAGGAUUUGUGAAGAUGUGGUAGGUAGGUGGGGUAGGAGAUAAAUGGUAUUAGGAAACUAUGUGUUUCUAAAAGGGGUAAAUAUUUAUUAAUUGCAUGUGUGUAUUAAGUAAGGUUUAUUUGAUUGAAACAAGUUGAUUCUAAAAAUUCCAUUUUUAUG